UCAGACAACUGGUCGUGAAAUCAUCUUCUUAAAUACACAUAUGAGUUUUCGGGCCUUGACAAAUAUCUCUGAGAAACACGGACAAGUACACUGUACAGUGCAAGAGCAAUGUCUUUCAAUCGAUUGCAGCACAUAUCCGAGACGAAACAGCAACAUCAACUAAACUGGGCCAUCCUCAUAACUGUUUCCAAAGAGAAUGUGUUUCCCAGUCCUCUUCCAUUUUGUUGCCACGAAUGAAACGCCCAGCGGAAUUCGGCGUGCUAGCUCGUUCGAGAAACCAAAGUUCGGUGACGCCCGCCUUUCGGAGAUAUGCAGGCAACUUGCAAUAGUUUAGCCCCACCGCAUGCGGCCCGUGACUGUCGUCAGACAGUCCCAAGCGUCCCCCGUUCUCGAGAAUGAUCUGACGCCGCUUGAGAUAAGCCCACAGACUGGCGCGACAACACACCUGGAGUAAAUCCGGCCCUGGAUAAGGCGUUGUCCAGUCUUUCCGCAGAGCAGCAGCGUUUAUCUCAAAGAUCGCGCCAUAUUCGAUAGCGAACAGGAUGUUGCGUCGGGCACCUCCCAGGGCGUCCGGGAAAUCCGCGAGCCGCAAAUCCGGCGUGUAGAGCCUGCACAGAUCCAAGUGCCCGACGACCUCCGGCUUGAAACGGCGCAAGAGCUCGUACUGCGCGUCGAAAUAGCGGGAUAGGAAGCGGCCGUGGUCCGAGGCGACGGCAGAGCGAUACGUGGCUGCGUCGAAGUCGAUCGGCAGGCCAUUGACGUGGUGCACCGAUCCAACGAGGUAUUCCACGCGCUCGCCAUACCGCGCUAGCAGUGCUUCGAGCUGAUCCAAGUCGUCAUCCGUGAUGUACUCCGUUUCCAGCCCGACCAGAAGCGUGAUUUGGCUGGCGUACUUGAUCUUCAGGCUAUGCGCCUCAUCGAGGUAUCGGCCGAAUCGCUCAGAGAGGUCUUGAAGCGUGAGUUCUCGCUGAUCGUCGUGACCGGCAGUCUAGCUUGGGGAAUAUAUAUUGCACACACCUCCUCCGGGUACAAAUCUUCUUCUCGAUAGCGCGGUACAUGCUCGCUGAGCCCGUAGAUCUGGAACCCCUUCUCGAUCGCAGCCAGCACGACAUGUUCUAGAGACCCGACCGCGUGACUGCAGAACUGUCCAGAGUGCGAAUGCAGACUGUGAGAAAUAACUCUCCUCCCACUCUUACCUGGGCCGGCCCGUGGCGGGAGCGUCAAUCCUGCACCGAUGCGGCACCAUGCAGCGAGCGUAUCGCCGCACGUUUGCCGAUAGAAGAAGCUUUAGCUUGGCCGACCAAAUGGAAACGAGAGGACCAACUUGCAAUCGUUCUUGUGGUGGCAUCUGGGGCCAGGUGUGCCCAGUGUCUUCCCGUCGCAGCUUCUCACUCACAGAGAUCUGCAUCAGGCACGGUACGCAACUGAGGGCUACAUUCCACACACGCACCUAUGACAUCCCGUGUCCAUUAGCGACCGUCACUCGUGAGCGGGGGCGUCACUAUCCAAGCACUCUUGGCUCUGCCCUCAUGCACCUCCCACCAGAACUCUGGUCGCUCGUGCUCGAGGACAUCGGCCCCGCCGACCUCUGUGCCAUCCACCUCCUAUCGUGGAACUUCCACGACAUCGCCCAUCCCCUCCUCUUCCGCAAGGUUCGUAUUCACCUGGGGCCGAACACGAAAGACUUGGCGUUUCUGGCGCGCCUCGAUGCCCUGAAGAGCAGAGACACCAGGCUCUGCGUCCGGAACCUUGCAAUCGACUGCAGCCUCCGGCCGUGUCUUGCGCGGGCCGCGAAUCAUGAUGGCGCGCAGGUCGGCAGCGUGUCGCGUGCGAGCGAUAACGAGCUCGUCGUGGCUCUGCUGAAGACUCUCCCGACUUUCAAGAGCCUGCGCCGGCUCGAGCUCGUAUUUGGGUACGACUCGGCGGUGCAUGUAGGGAAACUUGGCCUGGAGAAGAUACAUGCAGGGCUGGAGGAACUGGUGAUUGAUGGCGGAGUUAUAGUACCAGCAAUGGAGACGACGAAAUCCGUAUCUUUGCUGCGUGUGGACCGGCUAGUCCUCCAUGCCUCGCGCCAGCGCAGCCGCGAUUCGCUCACCUCCCAUCUGUGCCUCAUGGAGCUCGUGGACCCGUCCCGCUUGCGCACUGUGACCCUCCACUUCCGGGGUUGCCUUGUCCUCGGCUCACGGCUCGCCGCGCUGGAGUUCCCCGCCGUCACAUCGCUCAGCGUGAGCUGCUUCCGGCUCAGCGCCACGCAGGUCCUGAUCCUGGCAUGCGUGUUUCCGAACGUGGAGGGCCUCAAGCUGGACGUCGCAACGUGGGCCGCAGAUGUGGGAGACAGCGGCGAGCGGUUGUUCCCGAGGCUCAGAAAGCUCAUCGCCCCGGAGGACUGCCUUCCGUUUCUGCUCUCUGGUGCUGCGGCCCUCGCGCCCUCUUGUGUUGCAAGGCUCACGGUCAACUCGGACUGCAUGUCAUGGGCGACCUUGGCGAAGCUUGACUUGUCGUCACUCCGGGCCCUUUGGUGCUCGAUCACGGUCGCAGAGUUGUCGAAUUGCGUGCAUAUAUGCGAGUGGCUCCCAGCCCUGACCGUGGUGGAACUGUCGAUUUCAGUCGACGUGAUCGCAACCGAGCAUUUGAAACGACUCGCAUCCGCCCUGGCCCGUAUGGUGCGGCAAGCGAAGCAACUCCAAAGGCUGGUAGUGACUCUGAAAUCGGCUGAAGAUGCCAUGAUUCUCUUUCUCGCAAUGUACCUCCUCAAACGGUGUAUCGCUGAGCACGACUUGGGAUCGUCAGCCUGUCUAUUGGACUUGCGCUGCGCAUAGGACGGUUACACCUUUGAGCAACAGAUGAUAACUCACUUGAACGCAGAGGCGAUCCCUGUUCUCUUUUGAAGGAAAACACGCAUGUAAAUUGCUCUACAAUCUGCAUGUGCUUGGUGCGCGUCUGUAAUAGAUCAAUGUUGGCGCUCCAGUG